CGUACGUACGUCGCAUGUCGUCCACUGGACUAUAGCGAGCUGCCCGAUUUAGUAUUGUUGAGGCUCGCGGACUUCCUGAAAGAGGAGGACACGACGAGGCUGGGCAUGACGUGCCGUCGCCUCCGCGACCUCCUCCCCAGGUUCCUGGUGAUGCGUGGGGAGGACUUUUCGGUUCGCGGCUCCGGAACUGGGUGGGGAGUCGUGGAACCGUACUUCGACGGCCCUCGACUCCCUGCGGGCGUGAAGCGACUGACAGUUAGCGUGGCGGGCUGGAAAGACCAGGGCUGGGGGAACAGAAAAGGCGAGCUCUUCGUCCGUCUCAUGCGCGCACCGCUCCAAGACAGUAACGCCUCGAAUCAGAGCGCCAAGAAAGGGGACAAGAAAGAUGAAGAUCGUCGCUCCAGGUGGCGACAAGAGGGCGAGACUCAGGUGGCGGAGAGAAGGGGUUUCUUCGGUCUGGCGGAGCACAAAGAGACCAGCGCCAGACUAGAGAUGGAUGGUAGAGAAAGCGUCGUGGCGGGUGCCCGCUCUGGCGACUGGUAUCGCUUCAUGAGGAGGGCCGGGGGUGGCGGCGGGCACCGACUUAUCGUACGCGGCUUCAGAGCCGUAGCUACGCUGACGAACUCUCAGUGUAGUCUAGUAGUCUAG